AUGUCUUCAGGCACCCACACCCCCUCUUCCUCAGCAGCGAACGGCAGCAACAACAACCCCACGGGCCAGCAGGGUAAUGAAGCGCACAACGAACAUAAGCCGGUGCUGACAUUGCCUGCACCGGGAGAUGUUUCAGAGACCAUAAACCAACUAGAGGUCAAUGGUCAAGAUAUCAAACUCGAUAUCCUUGGGCCUGUCGUCGUGAAUGAAGAUGGAACGAUGUCGAGGAUCGAUAACUGGCACGAGAUGGCCGAGAUCGAAAAGGCGAAUGUGCGCAGGAUCUUGCUGAAGCGGAACGCUCAGCGACUCACCCGCUUACGCGCUGCCGCCGCUGAGCAGGAAGCUGGAUCUGCAGGCACGACCGGAUCUGUGGGUGAAAAAUAG